AAUACUGUUCAAUUAUCAUAAAUUUUAUUAUUUAUUAUUUUAAUUCAACUUCGCCUCCAUUAACGCGCUUCUCCGACGAACUAUUCCUCCCCCAUCAAAAUCAAAUAUCAAAAUCCCCAAAUUAUCUUCUCCCAACCAAACUCCUUCGCCCUCCGUCAAUGGCGUCGUCCAAAUCCGCCGAUCAACUGAAGCAGCUCAAAGAAAUCUUCACUCGCUUCGACAUGGACGGCGACGGAAGCCUCACGCAGCUCGAGCUCGCCGCCCUCCUCCGAUCCCUCGGGAUCAAGCCACGCGGCGACCAGCUCUCCCUCCUGCUGCACCAGAUCGACCGGAACGGCAACGGAUCCGUCGAGUUCGAAGAGCUCAUCGUCGCGAUCUUGCCGGAUCUGAACGAGGAAGUCCUCAUCAACCAGGAGCAGCUCAUGGAGGUUUUCCGAUCAUUCGAUCGCGACGGUAACGGCUACAUAACGGCGGCGGAGCUCGCCGGCUCGAUGGCGAAGAUGGGUCACCCGUUGACGUACCGUGAGUUGACGGAGAUGAUGAAGGAGGCUGACACUAACGGUGACGGCGUUAUUAGCUUCCAAGAGUUCGCUCAUAUCAUGGCACGGUCCGCCGCCGAUUUCCUGGGCUUAUCCAUUUCCUGAUUUUUUUUAGUUUAGUAAUUUUUUUUUGUAAGAAUGCGAAUUUGUGUAAUUAAUUUUAAUCUGAACGUAAAUCUUCCGUUAAUUGUUUAUCCGUUUGUGUGAUGUAACCACGAUAACAUUUUAUUUUUAUGACAAUGUCAGUGUAUUAUAUUACAAUUA